AUGUCGAGUAUGGACGUAGAUGAAGCUCCUGUCCGGGCACCUGUCCCUCUGGUAAGCAAACGCUUCGAAAUCAAGAAGUGGAACGCGGUUGCACUUUGGGCCUGGGAUAUUGUGGUAGAUAACUGCGCUAUCUGUCGCAAUCACAUAAUGGAUUUAUGUAUUGAAUGUCAAGCAAAUCAUGCUACAGAUGGAACUGAGGAAUGCACAGUUGCUUGGGGUCACUGCAAUCAUGCUUUUCAUUUUCAUUGUAUAUCGCGCUGGCUCAAGACAAGAAAUGUUUGUCCUCUGGAUAAUAGAGAGUGGGAAUUCCAAAAGUAUGGACACUAA